AUGACGUCAUUCCCUCCUAGCGCCUUCCAGACGUCCCUCCCCGUCCCCUCGCGCCUUGCCCUCAUCGCCCUCCUCGCGCUCAUCGCCCUCCUCCGCCAGGCGGAAGCCUACUCCGAGCUGCCGCGCCCCGAGGGGUGCGUCGAGGAGAUAGCGGAGGUCGACCGGGAGGCCAUGCACGCGGUGUACGCGGCGCUGCCUGAGGGGAUGUUCUUCUGGCACGACGGCAUGUCGCCGCUCAGGAUGUUGGAUGAGCACGGCAAUAUCACGUACUGCUGCGUCAUGCCCAGACCCAAGGAGGAAGAGUCGUCCUGGUGCGACCUUUCGUGCCCGCUCGAGUGCACGCCCGCCGGCCGCAUCACCAGCAUCUACUACGACCCGAGCCGCAUAGCUACGCCCGGACUUGGCGGGAGCGGAGGCAGCUGCCCGCCCGGCGCGCUGUCGCCCGCCAUUGGCGACCUCGCGGAGCUCUCCGCGCUGGUCUUCCGCCACUCGUGCCUCGCCGGCGACUUGCCGGACUCCGUCACGCGCAUCCAGAAGCUGACGACUUUUGAAAUGCCCGAAAACAACUUCUCUGGGUCCAUUCCUCCAGGCCUCUUUCGCCUGCCCGCGCUCUGCCACGUGGAUCUGAGCACACUCAGAGUCGACUUGGAAUUUCAACUCUCGAAAUUUCAAGUUGAGUUUGAAGGCCUUUCGGGGUCCCUUCCCGACGGGCCCGACGCGUACACCCCGUCCUUAGAAGAGGUUAUCCUGUCCGUCAACGCGCUCUCGGGGGAGCUUCCGCGCGCCCUUCUCCGCGCGCCUGCGCUGCGCCGGUUGGACCUGCGGAGCAACAACAUCACGGGGGAACUCCCCGGGGGGGCGGUCGCGUAUUGGGGGGGCAUUACCGCGCUCAGCCUGCGCAACAACAGCCUGUCCGGCGCCAUUCCGCCCGCGCUGGCGGAGAUGACGGCGCUGCGGAAACUCGACCUGGGGGAGAACCGUCUGUCUGGCGCGGUGCCCGCGGCGCUGCGCGACUCCGAGUCGCUCAAAGUGCUCGACGAGGUGCGGCUCGACAGCAACGCGCUCACCGGGCCGUUCUGCGACGCGCUGCUGCCGGCGCGCGAGCUCUGGCUGGGCUUCAACGACCUGGGCGGUGCCAGUGGCAGCGGCGGCGGCGGCGGCGGUGGGGGAGGUGAGGAGGAGGAGAGGGGCUCUCUGCACGGCUGUGUGUUUCCCGCGAAGCUAGAGAUCCUCAGCGCGCCGCACGCGGGCCUCCGGGGGAGCGUUCCGCCCGACCUGUUCCUUGCGACGAGCGCGCAGUCGGGGCAGAGGCCCUCUUUAGUUAGGCCCUCUUAUAAGAAUAUCCAGAUGGACCUGAGCCACAACAACCUCUCGGGCAGCCUGAAAGCUUUCACGAUGCUACCGGAGUCGUCCAUGUUGGACCUGUCGCACAACAACUUCUCCGGCGGUAUUCCCGAGGUGUUUUACAGCGACUUCUCGCGCGUGGACAUGCGGUUUAACGAGCUGCGGGGUCCCCUGUUCGACGCAAACCUGGAGUCGCGGAGAUCUCGGUUUUGGAGAUACGGCUGGGACGUGCUGCGCGUGAGCAACAACAACGCGCGCAUGGCGGGCGCCGUGGGCGCAGGGUACCUCCCCGCGCCGGCGCCGGGCGUGCAGGCCUCCCCUGCGGAGACUGCUGCGCUGCUGGCGGUGCGCGAUGCGCUCCUGGGGGAAGCAGCGGGGGGAGCAGCGGGGCAAACGGAGUUGGUGAAUGGCGGAAGCAGCUCGUGGGCGGAGAUUCUGCGCAGCUGGGACGCGAGUAGCAGCAGUGCGUGUGCGUGGUACGGCGUGGGGUGCACAGCAGACGGACACGUGGACACGCUGCACCUGAUAGGCGCUUCCAACGUCAUGCUGCACCCCAACUUCGUCCCGGAGUUGCCCGAAUGCGAGGCUUGCCUGGCAUCAGUGGCAGUGCGAGCGGCAGCCUGUCGGAAGCGUUGGGCUGACGUGAGUCUUCUGACGGGGCUGACGCGCCUGGCGCUGGACCAGAACCGGCUGGACGGCAGCUUGCCAAGGGAGCUUGGCGCGCUCUGGAUGCUCACAGACCUGCAGCUGCAGGGGAACGCCCUCCAAGGGGACGUCUCUGCACUCGCUGCCGCCUUCCCCCCCCCCUUUGCUGCUGCUGCUGCUGCUGCUGCUGCUGCUGUUGCCAGCGAUGGCACAGAGCUGGACCUCUCCCACAACCUGCUCACGGGUUCAAUUCCUGCCAUCGUCAAUUUAUACUCCAUGAAGACACUCGACCUGUCGCACAACCAGCUACCCUCCCCAAGGAACAGCCAGAGCUCCUCCGUCGACCUUCUCUACUACAUGGACCUCUCUUCCAAUAAACUCACAGGAAGCAUCUCCAAUGCUCUUGUCACCGGCCUCACAGCCCUAUCCCACUUGGACCUCUCAGACAACCUUCUAUCAGGCUCGCUGCCGCGCUCGCUCGCUCUUGUCCCCUUGCUCACCGACCUCAACCUCUCACGCAACAAGCUCAAGGGCUCCCUGCCUGCCUUCUGCCAGGGCAAGCAGCGCCCCGCCUCUCUCCUCCUCUCCUCCAACGCUUUCUCCGGCCCCCUCUCCUCCCUCCUCCCCUCCUCCCCCUCCUGCGCCUCCUCCCUCCUCUCCCUCAACGUCUCCACCAACCAGCUCUCCGGCUCGCUCCCCUCGUCCCUCUCGCGCUUCACCGCUCUGCACUCCUUGCUAGCGGCGCGCAACCGCAUGAGCGGCAGCAUCCCUGCAGGGCUGGCAUCGCUGACGGCCCUGCAGGAGCUGGACGUGUCGUGGAGCGGGCUGUCAGGCACCAUCCCUGCGCUGCUGCGUGCUGCUGCCCCCUCCCUGCAAGUGCACCUCGCUGGCAACGCCCUCUUUGGCUCCGUCCCCCCCCCCUCUCUCCGCUCUGCCCACCUCCUACUUCCGCCCUGGCAACCCCAAGCUCUGUGGGAAACCCCUGCCUGA